GAGCCGGGCUGCGCCGGAGCCGCACCGAGCUACGGGCUCCCCCGGGCGCAGGUAGGAGCCCCCCGAACCCUGGGCCAGCGCGCACCCCGAGGCCCUGGUUUCCUCUUCGUGCAGGAAAGACUUCCAGAGCCCUUGCAGACCUCACCAUGCCUGUUGCUGCCACCAACUCUGAGUCUGCCAUGCAGCAGGUCCUGGACAACCUGGGAUCCCUCCCCAACGCCACGGGGGCCGCGGAGCUUGACCUGAUCUUCCUUCGAGGCAUUAUGGAAAGUCCCAUAGUGAGAUCCCUGGCCAAGGCCCACGAGCGGCUGGAGGAGACCAAGCUGGAGGCCGUGCGGGACAACAACCUGGAGCUGGUGCAGGAGAUCCUUCGGGACCUGGCGCAGCUGGCAGAGCAGAGCAGCACCGCCGCGGAGCUGGCGCGCAUCCUCCAGGAGCCUCACUUUCAGUCCCUCCUGGAGACACACGAUUCUGUGGCCUCGAAGACCUAUGAGACGCCCCCGCCCAGCCCUGGCCUGGACCCCACCUUCAGCAACCAGCCGGUGCCUCCCGACGCGGUGCGCAUGGUGGGCAUUCGCAAGACCGCUGGAGAGCAUCUGGGAGUGACCUUCCGUGUGGAGGGCGGUGAGCUGGUGAUCGCGCGCAUUCUGCACGGGGGCAUGGUGGCUCAGCAAGGCCUGCUGCACGUGGGCGACAUCAUCAAGGAGGUGAACGGGCAGCCGGUGGGCAGCGACCCCCGAGCCCUGCAGGAGCUCCUGCGCAAUGCCAGCGGCAGUGUCAUCCUCAAGAUCCUACCCAGCUAUCAGGAGCCCCAUCUGCCCCGCCAGGUAUUUGUGAAAUGCCACUUUGACUAUGACCCUGCAAGAGACAGCCUCAUCCCCUGCAAGGAAGCCGGCCUGCGCUUCAGCGCCGCAGACUUGCUGCAGAUUGUAAACCAGGAUGAUGCUAACUGGUGGCAGGCCUGCCAUGUAGAAGGGGGCAGCGCGGGGCUCAUCCCCAGCCAGCUGCUGGAGGAGAAGCGGAAAGCCUUUGUCAAACGGGAUCUGGAGCUGACACCCACCUCAGGGACCCUAUGUGGCAGCCUUUCGGGAAAGAAAAAGAAGCGAAUGAUGUAUUUGACCACCAAGAAUGCAGAGUUUGACCGCCACGAGCUGCUCAUUUAUGAGGAGGUGGCCCGCAUGCCCCCCUUCCGCCGGAAAACCCUGGUGCUCAUCGGAGCGCAGGGUGUGGGGCGGCGCAGCCUGAAGAACAAGCUCAUCAUGUGGGAUCCAGAUCGCUACGGAACCACCGUGCCCUACACGUCCCGGCGGCCCAAGGACUCUGAACGGGAAGGCCAGGGCUACAGCUUUGUGUCCCGUGGGGAGAUGGAGGCUGACAUCCGUGCCGGGCGCUACCUGGAACACGGGGAGUAUGAGGGCAACCUGUAUGGGACGCGCAUUGACUCCAUCCGGGGUGUGAUCGCCUCUGGCAAAGUGUGCGUGCUGGACGUCAACCCCCAGGCAGUGAAAGUGCUGAGAACAGCUGAGUUUGUUCCUUACGUGGUGUUCAUCGAAGCCCCGGACUAUGAGACCCUCCGGGCCAUGAACCGGGCUGCACUGGAGAGUGGGGUGUCCACCAAGCAGCUUACGGAAGCAGACCUGAGGAGGACAGUGGAAGAGAGCAGCCGCAUCCAGAGGGGCUACGGGCACUACUUCGACCUCAGCCUGGUCAACACCAACCUGGAGAGGACCUUUCGUGAGCUCCAGGCGGCCAUGGAGAAGCUGCGGACAGAGCCUCACCAGUGUUCUUUUUAUCCUCGCUUCCACUCCCCCUUGCAUCACCCUUACCCACAGCCCAUGGGGACCAGGAGUGGAAAGUAGAAGGGCCGCUGCUCUCCUGCUGGCUGGCCCGAGGCAACCAAUGGUAUCCUUUGCCAAUUGCCACCUCCCGUGGAGGAUUUGGGAAUAGGAGCAGCUGAGAAUCUGCUGGUGCAAACCCCCCACCCUUGGUUAGCCUCCAAAGUACCCUGAUGGAGAGACCGUAUUCCACGGGGGUGGAGGGAAGCUGGCAUAGGGGGCUGGGCACCUUGCUGGAGGAUUGGCACCUGGCCCUUUAGGGCAGCUCUCCUGUGUUGAUGCCAUUCUGCUACCUUCACCUCUAGUGAUGCCUGGGCAGCUGGGCCCGGUCCCUCCCUGAACUGUGUCCUCCCUCUCCUGCCCCGCCCCCGGCCCAGGGCUGGGUUGGAACAGGUGUGCGCCCACCACGUUACCUCUCUCCCUCCCUGGACACUUGUAUUUGAGGCACCUUGGGAUAAUGAGGAAUCUGCCCCCCACUGUCCCCGCUCGGUGCCAGCCCGGUUGCCCUUUCCCCUCUCCUCUCCCUCAGUCGAUUCUUGAGCUUUUGCCCUGACUCGUUUUCUUUCUUUUCCUUUGAUUAAAUGUGAAAACAAAG